UUCGGUCUCCGUCCCUCUCUAUCUCGCCCCACUUUCUAUAUACGCGGAAAUCUAAAAUCCUGAUUUUCAAUUUCUACUUGCCCAGGAAAAUCCGGGAAUCUAAAUUCACCUUUUGCCUUGUUAUUGCCGGGAUUUAUCUCUAAAUUGUCGGCGAAAUCUUCGUCUCGGUCUUUCCUGCGUUGAGCUGAUUUUGAUCCUCCAAUGGGAACUCCCGAAUUCCCAGAUCUUGGAAGGCAUUGCGCUGUUGGUGAUUGCAAGUUGAUUGAUUUCUUGCCUUUCACAUGCGAUCGUUGCAAUCAGGUAUAUUGUUUGGAGCACAGAGGUUAUAUUAAACAUCAGUGUCAGAAAGCGGACAGACUGGAUGUCACUGUUGUCAUAUGCCCGCUUUGUGCAAAAGGAGUCCGCUUAGUUCCUGAACAAGAUCCAAACAUAACUUGGGAGAAUCACGUCAACACUGAGUGUGACCCAUCAAAUUAUGAGAGAGCCAUGAAGAAGAAAAAAUGCCCUGCCCCGGGAUGCAGAGAGGUCUUGGUGUUCUCAAACACGAUCAAAUGCAGGGAUUGCUUGGUGGAUCAUUGUCUAAAGCAUCGUUUUGGCCCUGAUCACAAGUGUCCUGGACCCAAAAGUUUGGGAACAAGCUUUUCAUUUAUGAACCUCUUGAGCAGAAGUAAAAAAGAAGAGUCAAAGCCAAAUCCAUCUCCACCUACAUCCACAUCAAAAUGGGCUUCAGGUUUUCGCAACGUGGCAUCAAAUAUUCGAGCUUCAGCUGAAGCCAGCAUGUCAAAAUUGGGUAAUGAAAUUAACCAAGCUUGGCAAACAGCAAAGGAUGGGGUGGGACAGAGCAGUGGGAGAGGUUAUGAAAAUGGGCAAGCGGAGGUGGAGCAAUGUCCUCAGUGCAAUGCAAAGUUUUCCUCUGUCACUUCUUUGGUGGAUCAUGUGCAGAAAGUUCAUGAAAGAAGCAGCAACCGAUCCAGAGGGGUGGCAAAGGCGACCGUGGAUGCCUGUCCCAAGUGUAGUAGAGGAUUUCUAGAUCCAGUGGCUCUUGUGGAGCAUGUUGAGAGGGAUCACGGUGGUAAUUCAAGAGCCUAGGUUUGGUUCAACAGGAUGAAGUUUAAUUAUACUUCACGACUUUUCUAGAGUAUCCUAUCAGUUUGCGCCCCCUUUCAAAGCCUAAAGGUUGUCCACAUGAAUUUGAAGAAGUCUUAACAUCAUUGCCUGGUUGAAUCGUCACCGCAUGAUUCGUUUAUUUUGGCUCAGUUACUUUUCUAUUUGUCGGAUUCUUCGUUCAUGACAAAAAUUGAACUGACUGCUUGAAUUGUUACUCCACCAGCUUAUUAUAAAAACAAAAACGGCUGAAUAUUUAAGUUGUUAUGUAUA